AUGGAACUGCAGAGUUUAUCAAAAACUGAUACCAAAAAUGCUACGACUUCGAAUAUUGAAACUGUCUAUCGAGGACAGUUAAUGAAUAGCAAUGAGUUUGAUCGAAAAAUUCAUUAUAAUAUUAAUGGAUUUCUAUCAGUUAAUACAUUCUUGUUAACAACGGCAAACAAAGAGUUAGUCACAUUUUUUGUUAGUGACAACAUUACUAGUAGUAGCAUCAUUGAUGAAAAAGAUGAAACAAAACGUAUUUUAUUUCAAAUUGAUAUUGAUCAAACUGUAAAUAAAUUUCCCUAUGCAAAUAUAUCAACGAAAAGUGCCUUUGGUGAUGAUGAAGGUGAAAUGCUAUUUACAAUGGGUGCUGUAUUUCGCAUAACAUCGAUCAGUAAGAUGGAAAAUGGAUUAUGGCAUGUAAUAUUGAAGCUUACUGGUGAAGAAGACAAAAACUUGUGUCAAUUAACGAAGUAUGUGAAAGGCAACAUAAUUCAAACUAUUCCUUUAAUAAGUUUGGCAAAAUUGAUGGGCACAACUGCACGCUACAAGAAAGCUGAGCAGUUCUAUCUAUUGUCACUUAAGGAUUCUGUUGUGAGUCAAGAUGCUGGAUGUACAGCUGUCGUCUAUAAUGAUCUUGGCCUUAAUUAUAAAAUAAUAGAACAGGUGGAUAAAGCUGUCGCUUGUUUCCAAAUAUCACUUGAUUUGAAGUUAAAAUAUUUGACGAAUGCUGACACUAAUCCGUCAGUUGCUAUUACAUAUAAUAAUUUAGGAGGAAUCUAUUUUGUACAAGAAGAGUAUGAGCUGGCAGCGAUCAUGUACAGAAAUGCAGCGCGAAUACAUCGCACUAGUCCAAAUCCAAAUCAGAUUUCUCUUGCAACUUGCUACAAUAAUAUUCCUACCGUCUGCAAAGAACUCGAACGUUACGAAGAUGCUCUGCUAAUGUAUGAAAAAUCAUUGGAAAUUCGACUAUCAGUACUUCCAAGUGCUCAUUCAAUGAUUGCAACUGUCUAUAAUAAUAUUGCACAAGUUUAUUAUUUACAAGGAAUCAGUGGAAAAGCAGCUGAAUUUUGGAAGAAAACAUUAGCAAUUCAACAGACUUCUCUUCCUUCCGAUCAUCCUAUAUUGGGUAGAACCUACCAAAGUAUCGCCAUAGCAUUGUAUGAACAUGGGCAUCUUGAACAGGCUUUAGAAUAUGCCAAACAAUCACAAAAAAUUAAAUCUACAAAUUUUCCAACUGAUCAUCCAAAAGUUAAAGAGGAGAAUGAAUGA